UGUCAUUGACAGGUCGACGUCGGCAAACGUCUACUUAUCCUUUGAUUACAUUAUUAUUAGAACAAGGUGGUGCGUAUGUAAAAAGUGAAAGUUGUAUAUUAAUUGUUUUAAAUUAUCGUCGUUUGAAAGGAUAGUGUUUUAACGUAGUGGACUAUGUUAUAAUGUGAUAUAAAAAGUAAUAUUAGUUAAAAAUGUGUAUCGUAAUCGUAGGUGUUUUUUCGGUAAUUUCGGUCCCUGUUCAAAAUGAAGACACUUUCCAAGAUCCAAUACGACAACAAAGAUUAAGUAAUAUCACGUCGGAAUGUAAUUUCGAAAAUUAGUUUUUUCGUGACAGUGAGACUUGGGACAUUCUGAUAGUGGAUGUACCAAAUAGUAGCGACUUUGAAACACAGACAUGGUAUUUAUGACGUCAUGAAAACUACGUCGCGUGGGUAUAAACGAUGGACGCGGUCUGCCCUGAUGUUUCUGCUCGUAUUUUCAUUCAUAGGUUAUGUCUAUCCACAAACUCACACUCGACAUCCUCACACUUCGAGUGCUCACAGACGAUCUAUUCGAGCUGACAUUCGAACGAAUCUAAGCCAUGACAUCGAGGAAACGGAAUAUAAGCAAAUCUAUUCGAAGCAAGGUGAUCAACUCGUGUUAAAUUGUGCGGUAAAUAUAAAUUUCAGCACGAGUAUUUGGUUGAAAGAUGGACAAAUAGUACAAACGAUACUUAAAGAUAAUACUAACAACAAAAGGGUGAUAGGUCAUAGGUUUUUGGUGGACGUAAACGGGAAUUUGUUAAUAGAUAAUGUGAGGUUAGAAGAUGACGGUAGAUGGCAGUGUGAAGCGGAAGACGCGUUCGGUUUCGUCGUACAAGGGAGACCUAUACAAUUAACUAUCUUAGAUCCUCCUAAGAAAGCUUACUUGAUGAUAGACAACCGUAUCCUCGAUCCGGGAAACCUCUUCAUCUUAGUCAAAGAAAAUUCGGAUCUAACCGUAUCGUGUGUUGUAGACGAAGGUAACCCAAAACCGCAACUUUCUUGGGAACUCACUUUGGGAUCUUCCGCUUUACUCGAAAUACCCGAAGUACCGCUCGAAGUUCUGAAUUUGACUGAAACCGUACGCGAUCAAAAAUUCGGUGCCAGAACUGAUGCUAGACUUGGGAGAGUGUUAAGAGGUCAUCAUAACGCCACGUUGACGUGUUACGUUCGACAUAUCGCUUUGGAUAAACCCCUAAAUGCGUCGGUGCUUCUUGAUGUCGAAUAUACACCAUCGUUCGCAAUAUCCCGAGAACCUGGGUUUGGUUUUCCCAUAAGAGAAGGUAUGCCGGUAUCGUUGAAAUGCGACGUCGACGCCAAUCCCAAAGCUCAACCGAUAUGGCAAAAAGACGAUGUUUUACCACCGGUACAACAGACUCUGGACGGCAUGCUCAAUUUUUCGGAAAUUCGGAGAGAACACAGCGGAUGGUACAAGUGCAUAGCCAAACACCGGUUGGGAAGAUUUUCCAGUAUCGGGUACUUUUUGAAUGUUCGAUACGACACCGAUGUUACCCAAGAGCCGGAAUUUGACAUCGGUGAACUGAGUUCCACCGGGAAGCAAUUAGAAGUUUCUUUAGGAGGGGCGGUCCAGCUAGCGUGUCCUCCAGGAACCACGGGUUGUUGGACGAGAGUUGAACCGGCAACUGGUAUGCUAGAACCAUUGGGGGCGUCGCAAGAAUUAAGACUCGAUAAUGUGAUUUAUCAAGAAGGUGGCGAGUACCGAUGUGUCGGACCUACCAAAGAAGCUACUAAACGAUUAGAUUCAUUGAGAAAUUCGAUGUCGAUUCAAGUAGUUGUUUCCGGUCAACCUACAAUAGCUCCAACGAAUAAAAGUAUUACGGCCUUAUACGGACAACCCUUAACCAUGACGAUGGAAUUUUGUGCCAAUCCCACGUACACCAAAGCCUUUUGGAUAGCCAAAGACGUUAAAAUUUACAAACCGGGAGAUGGUGAUACUACCACCAUGGCUUAUGGAAUAACGAAUUUAUCACAACCCAACUGCCAUCAAGCGGUACUUUUCCUAACGAAAGUAACAGCUCUAGAUAUUGGAGAAUAUAAUUUCAUAGUCAAAUCACCGAAUGGUAUAGCCGAUGGUAGUUUCCACGUGAAUAUGUCGUACGCUAGCGGUUACAAAAUCGAAUUAGAAGAAAAUGUGAAAAUCGAAAACAAUUAUACCAACAGAAUUUUUACGUCGUUUUAUAUAAAUGUGAUUUGUUUAUUAAUACAUAUAAUUGCUGUUAAUGACUGAAUUUAAUGAUAGGUUGAUUGUAAAAUGAGGUUACAAAGUGAAAAAAAAAAUGUUCUUUCAUAAAAUUUCGCAAUAUAAUAAAAUUUAUUACGAAAACUAUUAAAAAUCUAAAAACUAUCAUCAACAUUCCAAUUAACGAUUCAUAAUUUCGUUUUAACAAUGAUUAAAUUGUUAUGGAAUCCGAAAAUAAAAUUACGAGGGGGGAUCGAAUAAAAAGGUUGAAAAAAAUGUUUCACUUCUUAAAAAUCACAUUGAUGGAACCAAAUAUCACCGGAUCUCAUUAUUUAAAGAGAGGUAUGUCCUGUAAAAGGGAUGAAAGUACGUUGUUUUAGCAUCCUUUAACCUCUAAUCGAAAAAAUAAUUUUUUUCUCAACAUUCCAGAUCGUUUGCGUACAAAAUGAUCUGGCAACGUUCCAGGUUUCUUUAUUAUCAACUUUCCCUCGUAUAAAAUUAGCCCCCUACUCUAUUAGUUAAUUUUUUUAGGGGGUGGGAGUGGAUGAACAAAAUGUAGUAUGACUGAAAUUAUAAUCUAAUCAAAUCAAACAAGAUUAAACUACCUGGAGGGUUCAAAUAUAAACGUACAGACACAUUUACAGUUUUUCUAGACCAGUAUCGAAGAUUUCCUCGGCAUAUGCCGCACAAACUCCUUUGAAUUUUUGACCACCAAGUGGUUUUAUAAGUGGUCCAAAUAAGUAGAAGUAGCUGGGUGAUAAGUCCGAAAUAUAGAAGGGAUUGAUUGUCUUUAGACGACAUCUUGCUUUCUGGAGUAUAAUAAUUUCCAACAGCGCAUAUUUUUGCUCAAAGUUCAACAGUUUCCAAAGGAUUUUCUUGUUUUUAAUGCCUUCCCAAAAAACAAAUGAUAAUACGUUGUUAACAGCUAACACGAUAACCGAUCAUGUUCGAACCGCCCUCGUAUAUAUUAUUCCAAUAAUUGAAAUUUAUAAUUUUUUUUAUUUUGAAUUGAUAAGAAUUGAAGAACAUUUUUACUGUAACCUAACGACGUAAUUUAUUUUUUCUUAUGAGUUUCCGUUGAAAUUUUAUAAUCAAAAUGGUUGUUGUCGAAGCGUCUCAUCAUUCUUAUAGGAAAUUAGAGGGCGAUUUGACGAAAGACACAAUUCGCAAGAAAAAAAAUUAAUUUCAAUUCUACACCCUUGUAUACAACGAACUUAUUUAAACUAUUUCAAAAAAUUAUUUUUUUUUGGUUUGUCUGAAAUUUAUUUUACGUUUAUUUUUUUUAAAUUUCGGAUCAAAAAUCAAUCGGAGAAAGCCAAAUCAGGUUUUCCAAUUAUCGUGUUUUUUUUAUAUUAGUAUUACUACGAGGGUUGUACCAAAAGUUUACUAUUAUUACUAAAUAACCUGCAGCUAAUCCGUUGAGGAAGCUUGACGCGCGGAGAUGAUUAUCGCCGGAGGCAAAGUCCGGGCUAUACGAGGACAAAAUAUCUUCUAGUCGACAUCUUUGUUUGAAUUUCUUCAAAUUAUGAGAAAAUUUGUCUUUCGUUAAAACGCUCUCGUAAGUUUAUACAGUGAGGUCCUUUAUUAACUUUUCGAAUUAUUUUAGGACCUUGUGGUACGUGUACCGUCAACUGAAUGAUAAUUAUAAGCGGUGUUUCAAUCAAAAAACCUGAAAACCAUUUUAGACAAAGGCUAGUGACUAAACUCUUCUUCUGCAUUAUUGCAAACGAGUCUAUUUGACAUCUUUUGGAUACCUUAACGUCUUCUAACUACUUUUCUACUUCGCGAUUAAUAAUGGGAAACUUAUGGGAAAAAUAAAUCUCGUCAAAAAAAAACUUGAUAUAAUUAACGUUCGUAACGUGUAUCACAUUGUAUGAAAAUCGUUAUAUUUUUAAUACAUUAGUCAAAACGGAAUCGUCAUCAUUUUUAUUUAAUUUUGUAAAUAUAACUAACCGCCAGCACUGUUUCGGUUACUACUGUAUAUUUUAUUGUCUAGUACCGAAUAAUCUUAAUAAGAAUUCAUUUUUUUCUUUAAAAAAUUCCAGUACAAAAAAAUUAAAUCCAGAAGAAUCGAACGAGAAUAUCAUAAACAGUCUAUUUGAGGUUGGGCAACCAUUAAACACCUUUUACAUCCACUUUCCUUCAUCUCAAUACCUUUUCGUUUAUUUAUCUUUAUAGAGUUUUAUUCUUAGUUUAACGAUUCUUAUUCAUAAAUCCUUUUUUAGUUCUUCUACUCGAUCUAGAUCUUGUUUUCCUCUGCCUUGUCUUUUAUUUCUCUACCAAAGCCAUUUCCUUCAAUUAGUUUCUCUUAUAUUUAUUGUAGUCACUCUAGAUCUUGUUAUUCUUUGCUUUCUACUUCCUUUUUCUCUUUAAGCCAUUCUAUUGAAUGUCUUCUCUUUAGUGUUUCACUUUUAAUCAUUCUAGAUCUUGAUUUUCUUUGCUUUCCUAUGCCUUGUCUUUUCUUUCCCUACUUAAGAUAUUUCAACCAAUUUCAACCAAUUUUUUCUCUUAUAUUUAUUGUAGUCCCUCUAGAUCUUGAUAUUCUUUGCUUCAAUUCCUCGUGCUUUCUUCUUCCAUUUUCUCCAUGAAUCAAUUCAUUCAAUCUCUUUUCUUCUCUUUAAUGUUUCAUCUUCUGUCCUUCUAAAUCUCCAUAUUCCUUGCUUUCCCUGCCCUUCUUUUUCUACCUAAGCCGUCCUGUUCAAUCUCUUUUCUUUUCUUUAGUGUUUCACUUUUAAUCAUUCUAGAUCUUGAUUUUUUUCAGUUCCUCGUGCUUUUUUCUUCAGUUUUCUCCAUGAAUCAAUUCAUUAAAUCUCUUUUCUUUUCUUUAAUGUUUCAUCUUCUGUCAUUCUAAUUCUCGAUAUACCUUGCUUUCCACUGCCCUGUCUUUUCUUUUCCUACCUAAGCCAUUCUGUCCAAUCCCUUUUGUUUUCUUUAGUGUUUCACUUUUAAUCAUUCUAGAUCUUGAUCUUGUAGUGUUUCAUUCUAGUCCUUGCUUCCCCCUGAAUCAAUUCAUUAUCUUGUUAUCUCCCGCUUUCUCCUACCUUUUUCUCCGUUAUUGCAUAUCUAUUCGUCUCUUAGUGUUUCAUAUCUACUACUUUCGCUAUAUUUAUUUUCAUUAGCACUAGAUUAGAAUUAUUUUUCGUGUUAUUAUUAUUAAUCUUUUCUUGUUUUUUGAUUUCAAUAGUUUCUCAUUGCCACAUGGCUCUAUCUUUAUCAUUCUAUUUUUAUACUAUUCUUCGCAUCUCAUAUUUUUGCUUUUUAGUGCAUUAUCAAUCUACUAUUUGAGUACGCUACUUACUAGAAUCGAUAUUGGUUGGUAUCAAAGAAAAAAGAGAAAACUUUUUGGAAUAUUUUGAAACGAAAAACGAAAAAAAAUCAAACUAUGUCAAUAUUUACUUUGUCUUUUGAAUAUUUUUGUAGGUAAUUCUUCAAGAAGAAAAAAUUAUCGUGGAAAAGAGUUUCCAAAGAUGAUACCAAAAUAAACACCUGAACAAUUCAAGCGAAAUUUCCCAGAAAAUUUUCCUGAAAAAUCGAAAUAUUCACAUUUUUAUCAUAAUUAACGCGAGUUUCGUUAUUUUUUGAAAAACACGUUUCACGAUCAAGUGGCUUACAAAAUCACCUGAUUUAUCAUCAAUUAAUUUUUUUCUUUGGUGGUACAAAUUUGAAACGAGACGGUUUCGAAUGAAAUAAACAGCAGUCCAAUCAUAAUGCACGAUGUUAAUUAUGAAUCAUUUGUUGAAACUUCUUCUUCUUUUUAAAAAAUAAAGUCGAUCAAGCAAUUAUAAUAAAUGAUACGAUCUUUUCGUGUUUUUUGCGCGAGAAAUUCAUUUUUUUUUUUUGGAAAUAAUAAACUAAGAACAAUUAUAAAACUACAGGAUUAAAAAUUUCGGCACAUCAAUUAUCGAAAUAAUCGAAAAUAUGGACCACAAUUUGGAGUUUAAAUGAAUUAAAGGGAAAAAAUAAUCAAACUUGGAUUUACAAUUUUCUUAAUUAUGUGAUGUUACGAAAAAAUAAUAUUUUUAAUUCGAGAAAUUUCGUUUGAAAAUAAGUAGGAUACUCGAAAAUGUAUGUAGUGAACAUCGGUUUUUAUAAACCCAAAAACCUUUAAUGAAAAUAUACUUUGGAAUAUUUUGAAAAACUUUUGAUACUAGAUAAUGUAAAAUAUAUAUUUUUCUCAAUACUUUUCGUAACAUUUUUUGGCUACAUAGGGAGUAUAAUUUUCAUUUGUCUAUGGUCUAAAUAUAGAGUAUGUAUUGAACAUCAUAUAACAGCUAAAAUAUUAUUUUUUCAUUCAGUAUAUACUAUAUCUUUCAAAUGUAUAGUUUUUCAUAAUUUUUUUGCAAAAAAAAUGUAUAAAAUUUGUUGAUAGACGGCGCUUAAAUGUAAAAAAAAUAAAAGAUAAUGUAAGGAAUUAUGAAGACAAAUAUACGUCCAAAUGUUUA